AUGUCUUUUUUUCGUUUACGAUGUACUUUGGGUGAAAACCAAAUCGACCCAUUCGGACCAAUUUUUCUGAAUCACAACCCGGUCCACAAGUGCUUCGGCCAGAAAAAAAAAAUAAAAAAAAAGUCGAUUUCGGGCGGAAACACAGGCCGCGGCAAACCGGUGCUGCCGGUACCACCGCACGACCAAUGCCGGGCGGCGCGCGGUGCGGAACAGCCGGCGGCCGCUACGGCGGCAGAGCGGCGGCGGCGGCGGCGGCGGCGGCGGCGGCGGACAACGGCAUCGGCAGCCGCGGCCGCGGCCGCGGUCGAAACGCAACGGUUUCACGUGCGCCGCGCGCGAGGUUUUGUCGGCCCGUCGUCGACCGCGCGGCCGCGGCCGCAGCAGUUUGUCGUUGGCAGCAGGAAACAACGACGGGGGAGGGGGAGGAGGAAAACCAAUAAUGUGUACACGUAUAACGCGCGCGCGUUAUCAUUAUCAUUGUUACUAUUAUUAUUAGACGCGAUAAUAACACGCGUAUCGCGCGGAGAAGUGGCGAAGUGGCGGCCGGCCGAGUAUACGUACCUACGCUACAACGAUAUCGUAACAAUGCCGACGACGCACCGCCGUCCCCGCGGUCACGUUCCCAUACCACGCGCGCCGUUCUCCCGUCGCCGUAGUUACCGUCGCGCACCGCCAGUGGUCGUGGUCGACGCCGCCGCCGAGUCCCGCGUCUCGUUCAUUCGGCCGCCACGCUCGACCGUCGCAGCAACAGUUUUCCUUGCGCGCGACCGCCGCGACAAUCAUCAAUUUUCUUCUGUCAAUACGCCGGGCGCGCGAUUCACCGCCGAAACGGUACCGCGGUUUUCUCGUCAUUUUUAUUAUUUUUCUUUCAUUUUUCGCCGCCGUUUCGCCGCGAGUCCGGAAUAAUUAAUAUUGACAUUGUUAAUUGCCAGGCACUGUUGCGGCCGUCCGGUAAGUAUCGAACCCGCCGUAACAACAAUAUUAUUACGUCGUUUAGGGUGGGAUCGAUAUAUUGUCAAGGAGACGUCGCGCGUCCCGGGGAACAUUCUCGAAACGAGCGUUUUCGACCGUUGUCUAGAUUUACGGCCGUGCGUAAUCGUGCGCCUAAUCGCAAUCGUUCUCGUCUUCGCGACGUUUUUCCGUUUUUUCCGUUUUGCUCGAGAACCCGGGCGAUUUCCCGGCAAUACCCGUGUAGAAAUUAUGCGAAAUUAAUAUUCGUGAUUAUUGUAAUUGUGUUUUUGAAAAAUAUCGAUUUUUCGAAAAUUCGACUUUUAUACACUUAUCGACGUAUUUUUCCGGGAGGGCCAUUGAAGGGGAACAUCGGUAAUAGUCGAUGUUGCUUAAACGUUCGGUAUUGAAGAUUGAAAGUUUCAAACGUUUUCACUAUUGUCGUUUUUCCCCGUAGCCCUUCAAAUGUUUUCUGUUUACGUUCCAUUCUAAAAAUUAAUUAUAACGAAAUCAAAUACUUCAUCUCCGCCGCAACAACUAUAGGCGAGUUUGCAACUCGCGUUUUAAUUUAUUAUUAUAUCGCGAUAAAAUGUAAAUUGUUGUUUUUGCAGGAAAUACGAAAAAAAAAAAAAAAUCAUUAUUAUUGAUAUUGUUAAUUCGAUUUCCGUUUACCCGUGGGUAAAGUAGUGCGAAUUCGGUGAAAUACGUCCGGUUUAAAAUACGAAAUUCGACGGACGUCGUCAUAGAUCCGACGAUGGGGGUUUUUCGACAGACGCUUUUUACGACGAUUACAAAAACGAUUUCCGGUUCGCUCCGUUGCUCGGUCAAACAAACGGGGAAAAAAAACAAAAAAUAACGAUAAUAACGUCCGCAGCGAGAUCCGCGUAAAAAUGCGCGGCUGUAAAUCGCCCGCGAUAUUUUACGGGAUUCUUCCCCCCCCCUCCCCCGUCGUUAUAAUUUACACUUUCGUAAUGCACAUUGAUUUUUCCGUGUCCUAGGUGGUAGAAUAAUAAAUAUUAGUAUUGGCCGCACGUUUCGCCGCCAGUUCAACGCAAUCGCCGAGACCGCCGCGGUGACUGCACGUGGUCUAAUCAGCUGCAGCACGGACCCGGUGUAAUAACACGGAAAAUCCCGCGGGCCGAGCGCACGUACACGUAACUGAUCUUUUUUAUUAUUAUUUUUUUUUUUAUUUUAUUUCUCUCUCUCUCUCUCUCUCUAUAAAAUACCUGUAUGUUUUUUUUGAGGGUAAGAACGCGGGUUUUUUUUUUCCUCGCAACACUGCACAUAGUUCGGGAUUCUGAACGGAGCGUGGAAUGUAUCGGUGCUUAUUUCUAUUUUUUUCCGCGGACGACUUUUCCACCAGCGAUUUUGCUCCGAUUUACAGUUGUAGCGCUCCAUCUGAAAGGAAAUCGGCUGACCACGGUGCUACUAGAGAGAGGUCAUUUUUUGAUUUUCCAAAAUAUUUCCGUAAUAGUUGAGGAAAACCGGGAAAUAACGUAGGAAAACGGGAAAAUAGGUACAAUUAAACAAAUAUUGUUAAAGAAAAUAUUUAAUGCGUACCUGUGUAAUAUUAUUUUACCGUAAUGUCACAUAUUAUAUAUUGUUGACGAGGCAACACUAUUAUGACCCGACUCCGCUCAGAACUUCUCACCCAUAACAGCGGCCCACCCAGCGUGCGAACUAUGUCCGUAUCUUUUUUACACUGUACGCUUUGGGAGCCAAACGCAUUAUUGUCUUGGACCUCGCCAAGCCCCCCUCCCACUAAAUACGUACCUGGCUCCGACCGAUAUAUACUCGCAGGAAAAUUGCAUUCGAAUAACGAUCAUUUUUCCGCAGGGUUUCUCGACGGUGAGUACGUCCUAUUCGGCAGGGAUGGUUACGUCCAGUACAGGACGAGCGAAGACCGCAACGACGAUGCAAGACACGACAUUUACUCUCGGCAAAGGCCGACGAUCCGCCCGGAUUGUCCAAUUUCUGGUGUUCGCACUCGUUGCGAUCGGUAAGUUCUAGACUAAUAAUAACCGUCGUUAUACACAAACACGUCGUGUCAACGAACCGGGUAAUUCUCGGCAAAAAUGUAAACAAAAAAAAAAAUAUCCUUUUUCUGAAUACCUCUGUGCGAUGGCUUCGCCAGAAUUUUUCAACGGUACUAAACUGAAAAAAAUGCUCUGCAAAAUAUAUAAUAUAAUUAUACCACCGUAUAUGAUUUAUACUCGGUCUAAUAAGCGCAGUGCAAAUGUGCAACGAUUAAUAUUUCAUCAUUAACGAGAUCUCAAUGCUGAAUAGUAUUAAUGUAUAACUUUCGUUUUUUUUAUAUUUUACCCGCGGCCAACGAGGGGAUGGCUAAAGACUCCUUUGCCCCCUUAGGUACGCCAUGACCUAUACACAGUGUUUCAGUAAAUACAAUAAUAUUAUGAUCCUUGCGUAGGUAAAUCCAGUGCUUUAAUUGGAAAAAUGAAAAAGAAGGACUCUUACGCCAAUUGUCAAACAUAAUUCAUUAAUUUUGGGAAAAAAAAAAAACACUAAUAAUAAUACUGCUGAGUUUUGGCUUAAGUGUUUAUUUAUUUUAGCGUUCUGAGUGUAGCCUGGAAUGUGUUAAUUGACAAUGAUAUUAUCAUAUUUAUGUAUUCAUUUUUUUUUCUGUCUGUAAUCAAUUUUUCUACCAAAAAUCUUGCUCCGAUUUUCAAGUGAAGGACCUUUUUCGAAAGGAAAAUAGGAAAUGUUAUCUCUUUUUUUAGUAAUAGUUUAUCGUUGCGGACAGAUAUAAAUUUAAUUUUCCUUUUUGUUCUACCUUCCCAACUUCUCACCCACUCAUCAUGCGAAGUAUGUCCGUCUUUUUUUUUUUUUUUGUAAUUCGGUGAAAAAUAAUCGUAGGAAAUUUCACCGAAUACUUGUAUAUACUAUAUUUAUAUUAACCGUAUCUAAUCUAGUUAUGGUACCAUUUAAAAAAUAAUAUACUGGUAAGUCUUAUACAUAUAUAUAUAUAUAUUUAAAAUAGUUUAAAAUUUUCAAUUUUUGUUUAUUUUUAGUUUUAAUUGGUUUUAUGUGGAUACAUAUUAUAAUGGUUUUAGCACAGCGAAAAUGCUCGCAAAUUUAACGCAAGUUUAUCACGAGUUAAAAUUAUAGUGGUUAAAAAAAAUAGUCGAGUGUAACGUAAUAGAGAUCCCGCCUUCGCACUCCCGUUGCCCCGGUGGAGCACUGGUAAAUAGUAGAAUCUGUUUCCAUACUAUAUCCAACCCGAGAGUGAGAAUUUAAAACUUGAAUCCAAAAACGUCAAUUACUAUUGUUUUCAAUAAAUCGAGUUUUUUUUUUUCCGUGUAGUCUGACCAAACUACGUAUAUUACAAUUGUCGAAAUAAAAUUACUAAAUAAACGCAUUCAUAGUUGUUGUAUUUUUAGACCAAUGAUGUGGGAACGAUUUAUCCAUAUCAUUUCCUCCCCCUCCCCUGCGCACAUAUCUGUCUCUAUACACGUGACGUUUCUCGGUUUAACGAGCGCGUACGAUUUUGAAAGUAAUAAUAAGCCCAGAACGUAAAAAAUCCGGACAGUAUUUACUUGGGCCACACAAAUCCGGAACCCAGUAUUCCGGAUAAAUAUCGAUAGUUUCUAAAAUAUAAUACUAUAUUAUAGUGUAAUAUUAUAUGUUGUUAGAAUAUUAUGUCCGUGGUCAAUAAAAAUGAUUUUGUUACGCCAUUGAUAAUAAUAAUACCUAUGAAAUAUGGUAAACUCGUAUACCGCGAGAGAAAAAGAAAAAAAGCUGGUGGAAAAUUCGGGAAAGUAAGCGAAAUAGCGGAGGAGGGUAAAUAAAUUCCGGAGCGGAAUAAACGCGACGUAUCGGCGAAAAGAAUGGAGGUAACCAACAGUCUUAUAGGAAUGUUAAGAAAUCUGAAAAUGAUUUAGGAACUAUAGCAGGGUUUUUACUUCAUUUCGGAAUACCACAAUCCGGAAUAUUAACGUUCUGGGAUUUCGUCGUUCCGGAAAAUUAUGGCCUACCGUCGUUUUUAUUGUUGUCAUCGUGACGAAAUUCCACGACGACCGCCUGCCAAUAAUAACACAAAAAAAAAAAAAAAAAACGAUCAUCAACGUCGUUAACCAUUGUUAUAUUCGAUGGCUAUAAAUGCGUUUUUUUGCUUCCUUAUUCGUUAUUGCGCGUUUAAAGUUUUGCUUUUGUUUUUUUUUUUUUCGGCGAUUACAAAAAAAAAAAUUACAUCGUCGGUGAUAUAUGUAUUAGGUGUGCAUUUUCGUGCGUAGUGUACGUAUAAUACGCCACGUUCUCUCCUUUUUUUUUUUUUGCACGCGCGCUCGGGUGUGAAAAUAUAAUAGGCACAAGUAACGUCGUUAUCGCGAAUCCACUCGCCGCGGCCGUCGAUACCUACUCGUAUUAACAACAAUAAUUAAUACAACUAUUAUUAUUUUAAUGUUCAAAAUAUACUAUGAUAUAAUAAUAUUAUUACUGUUGUAGUCGCGUAGUUGAAGCGCAAUUUUUUUUUUUUUUUUUUUGUUUAUAUAUAUAUAUAUAUUUUUUUUUUUUUUAUCAUCAUUAACCGUAUGGGUAAUAAUGUUUGGCAACGUUGAAAAUUUGAUUUCGAGCUAGAUCACGAGUAUUAUUAGUGUUCAGUGUUCAGAGGACGUUACACCCGCGCGUCGUGCUGUCUUAUACUACGACCGCGCGACCUGGCGAAUUUCCGCUGAGCAGAAACGACUCUUUUUAAAUUCCGAGUGUAGCGAAGAAUGUAUUGGUUUUACCAAGACGUUUAUUUUUUAUUUUAUUUUUAUUUUCACAUACCGCGACAAACACUUCUACCAGAAAUCUUGCGCCGUUUUGUACGCGCGGCAUCAUUUCUGAAAGGAAACAUAUGUCUAUAUGGCACUUUGGAGAGGUCAGUUUUUUAAAUUUUCCAAGCGGUUUUCAUGAUAUCUAGGAAAAACCGGGAUAAAACGUAAGAAAAACGGGAUAUUUACGAAAAUAAUGCCUUUACCUACUUUCAAUUUUGUUAUUUGUUACAAUUCAGUUGAAAAUAUUCGUAGAGACCCGAAAUUUAAACAGUAAUAAUUAAACGUUAUAAUCGUUUGAGUAAAAAAUUAUGUGAAACAAUUAAGUUCAAUUAUCUAGUUACUGAUCCAUACGAAUUUUUUCAAUAUUUUUUCAAAAGCAACACUAUUAACCAAGCUCAGAAUUGUUUUUCGUUAUUAAUCUUUGCUUACAAAUAUAUAUUGAAAUCUCCUCUAUUUGGCUACAACACGAUUGAGCAUAAUUUUGCGCAAUCGUGUAUAUAUUUUAAUAGUCAUCGAAAUACAUACACGAUUGCGCAAGAUUUUAAAUGCAACGUUGCAACGUAUUAGUUAUACGACCCCAGUGUACGAAAUAACAACAGUUAAUGAAAUAAUUGAUUAUUUUUACACAUUUUAAGAUGACCAUGGUUAUGAACAUUGAUAAUAUUUUUUUUUUAUAGUUCAAAAUUUGUUAUCAUUAUUUCAAGUACUUCCUUUGAAAUGAAUAGUAUAGAAGUUAAGAGAACCAUUAUUGAAUAAUAAUACUACUUAUAAUAGUGAAAUAUCAAAAAAAACAAUUAUAAUAGAUGUAUAAUAAAAGUUAUUUUAAAACCAUAGUUUUUGUCAGUUAGUUAAUAAAAUUCAAUAUUAAAUAUAUAUAUAAUCUAUACAAUUAUGAAAAAAAAUUUAAAUUUAAAACAGGGGCGUCAUUUCACAAUUUUUCAUAGAAUUUACUUAGUUAUUAGAAACUAUGUUUUUUUUAUUUUUUUUAACUUCUGUUUCGGACUGCGUUUCUAGUAAGACAGUACUGAAUAUAUUGGCGGAUGAGAGUGGUAACAAACUAAACUAUGCAUUUAGGACUUGAGAAUACGUUUGGAGCGAUAACAAUUUUAUCUCAUAUACAUUUUAUAUUUAUAUUGAAAUUUCAUACCUUAUGGACAUAAUUAAAUAUAUUUUAACUUGAUAAUGAUAAUGCUGUCGUCGUAUAUCUUAUGAAAUUUCCUACAAAAUACUAAAUAUACCGUUUAAGGUUUUCACACAGAACGCGGUUUGUAAUAUAUGAUGUUAUAGUAUUAUAUGUAUUUAUACAUGGCAACGUUGCAUUUAAAAUCUUGCGCAAUCGUGUAUAUAUAUAUGAGCAAUUUGCGCGUUCGUGUAUGUGUUUCGAUGGCUAUUAAAAUAUACACGAUUGCGCGAAUUUUGCUCAAUCGUCUUCACCGCUCUAUAUCCUACCUUCCCAACCUCUCACCUGCAACAGUGGCCCACCCGUCGUGUCGUGUGAAGUAUAUCAGUAUUUUAUUUCAUGAAAACGAUUUUUUAAUUAAACCAUCCGGGAAUUGUAUUCGUUUAUAUCGUGACAUACGCGUUUUACACAAUAAUAAAUUCGUAUUUAUAUAAAAUGUUUCGCACGCGUCGCACAAAAAAAAGAAAAAAGAAAAAAGAAAAAAAAGAGAACCUCACCCCGUUUGAUAUAUUACACUGAGUCCAAACGAAGUGUUCGUGUAUACUAUACUCAAAAUCACAAAAUUCCAACCUAUAAUGUAGAAUUAUAUGGUGAUCAAUAAACGUAUUAGGUACAGGAAAUGAUAUUUUAGAAAAUAUGGCGUAUACAAUGUAAACAAACAUGAUUCGUGCAUAUUAUCAAUAAUUGUCGUUUUCAUUAUAUUCAGGUUCGGUGGGUUUUAUAUAGGUGAAACGUGAAAAUCGGGUACAAACGCAUAAAAUAUUUUAGUACCUACGUAUAAUAUAUUUACGUGUUAUACUCGGAGUAUUUUGAAUUGAAUUAAUCGAACAAUGCAACUGAUAAUAAAUAUUAUGCAUUUGUGGCCAAAUCUUUUAAAUUUGUUUUCGAUAAUAAUAAUCAAUAAUAAUAAUUAUAAUCAAUUUAGAUAGGCGACCACAGUGUUCCAUACUUACCGGGUCAAUCAUUUUAUAUAAAUAUACAGUUAUAUUUUUAGCGUAUAUUUGGUAACAAAAACAUUUGUUGCGUAACAUUGUUGGCAGUUAGGCGUUAAGGUUAUGCGAUUUUACUGAUCCGAGCUGAUCUCUUUUACUUAUCGUUAUUAUUAUGGGUUUAAAAUUUAUAACGUAUUGUAUCAGGUGAUUCGUUUAAGUGGGUGCACUCAUUAUCUCGGAAAGUAUUAACUUUUGUCGAAAUUUGUUUUCUAAAACAUGUAAGAAACAAGUUGCUCAACGAUUUUAUAUUUAUGUUAUUUUUUGUCACCCUUAUUUUUGGGGGUAAAACCAUAGCCUAAUUUUGAUUUUCAAACGGCAACCUGUAUUAAAAUGUCCACAAAUAGAUAGAGUAUUAGUUAAAAUCAGUUUUAGUCUCGAAAUUUUUGAUUUCCGUUGAUCCGUUGACGAGAUAUUUCACUUUUGAGUUUGGAUUGAAGGAUAGUAGUGGAGUGUCAUUUGUGUGGCGGUACGGUACGUGUUAUUAAUGCACCACUACUCUCUUCCAACCUAAAAUUAAUAGUGAAAUAUCUCGUCAGUGGCUUGACAGAAAUAAAAAAUGUCAACACUAAAAUUUAUUUAAAUUAAUACUCCGUCUAUGUUAUGGACUUUUUAAUAUAGGUUGGUAUUUGAAAAUCACAAUUUAUAUUACAUAUUACAAUGUUUGAUUUCCGUCAAUUCGUUGAUGAGAUAUUCCACUUUUAAGUUUGGGUCGGGGGAGAGUGGUGGCGUAUUAUUAACGCGCCGCGCGCCGUACCGCCACACAAAUGAUACUCUCCUCCAAUCCAAACUUAAAAGUGGAAUAUCUCAUCAACGGAUUGACGGAAAUCAAACAUUUUAACAUUCAAAUUUAUUUUAACUAAUACUCCAUCUAUCUGUGGAUAUUUUAAUACAGAUUGCCGUUUGAAAAUCAAAAGUAGGUAAUGGUUCUACACCCAAAAAUAAGGGUGACAAAAAAAUAACAUAAAUAUAAAAUUGUAGAGCAGCUUGUUUCUUAAAUGUUCUAGAAAACAAAUUCCGGAAAAAAUUAAUACUUUCCGAGAUAAUAAGUAUAUCCACUUAAAUGAAUCACCUGGUAUAUCGAUUAUUAUUAAAAAAAAGUAAUUAAAUACAGUAAUAUAGUAAAUAAAUAUAUAAAUAAAAAAUUUGCAUGUAAAAAUAAAAUAAAUAAAUGAAUCAAUGCGUCGCCAGUAGUAUUAUGACAAGUUUUACAAGUAAUAUGAUAAGAUACUAUUAUUAUUAUUCGACCGGUUUCGAAUUAAAAAUUCAUCAUCAGGUAUAUCACAGUCAAAAUAUAAAACGUGACUGAAUAUAAAAAAUUAAAUGAAGAAAUUCAUAGGAAAAAAAAAAAUGUACAAAUUGAUCGUUUUACAUAGAAUAUAGAAAUAAUUUAUUUUAAUAGAAUGGAUUAUUUAAAAUUAGUUAUUAUUAUACAUAGAUAUGUUAAAAAAUAUAAAUUAUUUCUGUAUUCUAUGUAAAACGAUCAAUUUGUAAAUUUUUUUUUUUCUUAUGUUUUUCUUCAUUUAAUAUUUUUAUAUUCAGUCGCGUUUUACAUUUGGACUGUGAUAUACCUGAUGCUGAAUUUACAAUUCGAAACCGGUCGAAUAACACACUUAUCAUAAUACUCCUGGCGACGCAUUGAUUCAUGUAUUUAUUUUCUUUUUGUAUACAAUUUUUUUAUUUAUAUAGAAAACUGGAAAAUAAGUACAAUUUAUUAAACAAAUAUUUUUUGGAAAAAACGUACAAUCAUUUUACCAUAUUAUAUAUACAUAGUUGACAAAGCAGCAAUAUCAACCGAACUCUGUUCAGAAUCGUUUUUUCAUUGACAACGGUUAAUAGUCACUUAUACGAAUAUACAUUAAAUUACCUAUAACAGUGACUGCACCCGUUCUCAUUUUCCUCGGACAGGUUUUUUUUUUUUUUUACGAUUUCGUCCGCGAUUCGGAUGGGCCGUCGUAAUCUGAAUCUCGGAUCGGUCAGACACAAUAAUAUAUAUAUAUAUAUAUGUAUAGUAUAUGGAAUAUCUAUCGUUUUACGAGACGUUUCCGGAUCUAUAGAAAUGAAAAAAAAACUACAACACUGUGACGAGAUUCGCGGCGCAUUAAAUAUAAAUAUUCGUUCCGACGUCUACAAUAACGUAUGAAAAUACAAUAUUAGUCAUCGUGUUUUCGUGUAGGUAUACAACUACUACUAUGCGGUGUAACGACACGAGUGCCCGACGUGGAUCCAACGAUAAUGAAACGGUAAUAUGCAUAUUUCAGUUCUCCCUAUGACCUAUUUUUAUUUUAUUUUUUUAUUUUUUCGUGUUUUUUUUAUUUUUUCGUUUUUUCUCCGUACAGAUCGUACAACGCGUACUGCGCGCAAUAGCAUUCGUUUUAAAAUACGAACGAAAAAAAAAUAAAUAAUAAUAAUAAAAACAGCACCGCGUUAUUCACAAUAAUUAUGUUUAUCACUGCUUUCCGAGCGCACCACAAGACGUGUUACAUUAUAGGUAAUCGCUGAUAAAAACACCACUGGUUGUGCAUAACGCGUAUUGAUAAAUAGUAUUGUAAACAAACAAUCGUCGUAACUUUGACGUUUAUGCGAAGAAGAAAAAAAAAAAUUACGUUAUUCGCGAAUACGCUCGCCGCGGCCAAUUAUUUAUAAUUAUAACGAGUAUUAAUAAUAAUAAUGAUAAUAAUAAUGUGUCAAGUACGCACAGAUCGGGCGGAUCGCGCGGUAAAAAACUCUCCGCCGCGGAUGACGUCACCCGGGCGGCGCGGCGGCACAAUGAAUUCUCGACGUACCCGCCGCGAAAAACCCGCAACAGUUGGUUUUACUCUGCUGUGCGCUAUCACGCGUUUUCGUUUUUUCAUCGGAAAACCUGCUUUUUCGGCCGAGAAAAACGCUCGCCAUGAAACAUAAAAAAAAAAAAAGGUGCGGAUUUUUCGUCGCGGCGGUAGGAAUAUAUUGGUAGUGUAGAUUCUCAACGGUUUUUCGUGAAAAAAAAAAUAUAUAUAUUAAAACAACUAAUGACUAUUAUUUUUACGACAAUCGUCGUUGACGUGAAAAAACCUACCACGUGCUAAAACCCGAUUUUUCAGGAGACACGAAAAACAAUGUUAAAAAACGGUCAAUGAAUGACGAAAAUAAAUUUUAAAAUUGUAAAACCAUAAAACUAUUUAUUCUGAAAAAAAAAAAUAUAUAUAUAUGUAGAAAUAAAAAACUUAAUAUACAGUUAUAGAUAUUAUUAUAUUGUCAAUAUUUUAUCACAUAUUGUUUUUUUUUUUUUUUUUUUUUUUUUUUUUUUAAUCGUUUAUUGGUUCAAUUUACAAUCUAUANGACAGUGAGUAGAAAUUUCACAUUAGAAAUUUCUACGUGGAAGUUAAUUUAGGGGGGGUGUGUAUUAAACAUGUUAUGCUAUAUGUGCGUUGAGAAGAUCUCUGGGUCAUUCACGUUUGAGGCGUCUGUCUUAGAUGUCCGGAAGAGCAUUGGUAUGAAGUUGAGCAAUGAGGGUAUUUGAAUGAUGUUCCAUAUUGGAGUGGAGUCGAAGAUAAUAUUUUAUAACUGUUUGAUGGUAGGGAUUUAGAGGUCGUUGUGAAGAGCAAGAUUUGUGACGUACCAAGGGGCUUUAGCAAUUGUGCGGAAGCAGAUGGCUUGGAAUGCUUGAAUGGUUCUUGUGUUUGAUGGUUUAGCGGUUCCCCAUAGAGCGAUUCCGUAUAACCAGAUAGGUUGCAGUAGAGAUUUGUAGAGUAGUAGACGAUUGGAGAUGGGCAUGUUUGAUUUCAUGAGAGGCCUAAAUAUGUGUAAGCGGCUAUUUAAUUGUAUUUACGAAAUUUACGAAAAAGUCGCAACGUAUAUUGCCCGAAAUAUUAUAUUCUUUUUAAUCUCGAAUUAAUAAAACACGUUAUACAUAAUAUGCGGAAAAAAUCGUCGUAUCGCGUCGGGACAACUCGCCCAAUAAUUUAAUAAUUAUGGGCUAUUGGUUAUAAUCUCUGCAUGCAAAACAGCAAUAAUUAUAAGGUUAAUACAGAGUUUUUGGUUUUCCACAUUGUCUCGAGGAAAACAUAGAAGAGAAAAUAAAAAAAAAAAUCUCGAAUAACGCGAUCAAAUAAUAAUAUCGUUAUUGUACAGGGUGUAACGGAACGCAACGGAAAUAAUUUCUGUUCUAAUCAAAAUUGAAAAUAAAAAUAAAAAUGUUUAAUUAUUGUUAAUGCAUCUCUGCGUUAAAAUUAAAAUACCGAAAGGUUUUUUAUUUAUUUAUAGGAGAUUAAAAUUAUUUUUAGUUUUAAUGAUGAUUAUAUUAUAUUAAUUAAUAGAAUAUAGACGUUAACUAAUUAUUCGCGUUUCGUUUUUAUUUACGACUACUAAAAAUAUUGUUGUACGAUUUGCUCAGAAUCAAUUAUUGUACAUCACUUUCAAUUCGCGUCAUGGAUAAAUUACUUAACCGAUUCCAUUGUAGACGUCAAGUGGGCAUUUAUUCGCCUCGUAGCAGAGAAUGCACUUUCAGACGUUUCGGGGGAGGGGGGGGAAUUGAUAAUGUAUAAUUGAACCGUCUUGAACCAAAUCAUCUCUGAAGGAGAUCAAAACUAAUAAUUAUUUCGUGAUAAGAAGAUUUCUUCGCAACUGUUUCUUCAUACAAAUAAAAUAUUAUGCAUUUAUUUUUAAGGAGGGGGAUGUUAGUAACUUGGGCUAGGCCUGCCUCCCCGCUAGUUGCGUUUCGGAUAAGAAGUUAUGGUUUUUCCUCGAUAAUUUUAAAAAAUAUUCUUGUCACCCCCUCAAACAAACGCCAUUGGUAUCGACUGUACCGCGAUUGAAUAUCGAAUACGCUACGACACGUAAUAUCCUCGUAUGCAAAAAAAAAAAAAAACCGUAGUUUGUACUUGUAAUGCAUACGUACAAAACGGUUAUGUUGUUAAUUAUUACAAAAAAAAUUAAAAAUAUCACGGUAAAAUUGCAGGCAAAGUACCGUGAUAUCGAAUUGAGAAACAGAAUUAAUAAUAAUACGAUCGACAUCAGAAUGCUAAUGUCGUUUCGGGUGACGGAUCUCCGAGGUUACACCCUGUACAUUGCACCGGUCGUAGCCACCGGCCGCCGUUGUUGUUGCGCCGGGUUUAACAAUCGUUUCCGCGUGUAGGUCGUCUUCGCGCGCGAAACGGGCCCUCCCAAUGUCGACGGGAAAUCGCAGCUGCCGCCGCCGCCGCCGCCGCCGCCGUUGUCGUCGAAUUGACUGGCUGCUGACCUCGCCGCCGUUUUAUCUAAAUCCGUCGCCGUGGUGCAAUUCGCGGGGCCGCUACGCGCCGCCCGUCGUCGUCGUCGUCGUCGCGCGAUACGAUAUUAUUCAGUGCCUACAAUAGCAAUAACAGUAACAGUAAUAAUGAUAAUAAUAAUAAUAAUAACAAUAAUAAUAACAAUAUUGCGCAUCCGCCCGUAUGAUAAACCGCGCAGUCACACGCGUCGGUUAUUAACAAUUGCCGUCGUCGUUGAUACCGCGCGAUAACAAUGCGACGAUAAUUGUGCCGUUUCUCGACGGCGACGUCGCGAAAUAACAAAAUGAUAAAUAUUAAUAAAAAUAUAUGAAUCCGCGACGUUAUUGUUGUUGCCGCGAGGACACGUAAUGCGUCUCGCCGAAUCACGCGAACUCUGCGCGCGUGUAGCGAAACCGUUUUUACACGAUCGGCCGCGUGAAGUUUACUAUUCGUUUUCUUCUUCUUCUUUCUUCUUCUGUCUUCCAUCUCUCCCCCACAAUCCAAAGAACUCAGCUAGAGUAUUUUUUUUUUCCACUCUUGGUACCAACUUUUCCCCCGUCAACGCCCAUUCGGGUAAUAACGUAACUAUUAUAAUUAUGCACACGUUUAUACUACAAUAUGAUGGCCUCCAAAUUUAGUAGUGUAAGCUUUACCGAUGUGUAUAUGUUUGAUUUUCAAUGAUAUGUUCACAAUAAUUGUCGAGAUAUUAUCAUAUCCUUGUUAAAAUUUCAUUAAAUAAAAAAAAGCUGAUACUGGGAAUGGGAGCGGCCACUGUUGUAGAUGAGAAGUUGAUUAGGUAGGAUACAUAAGGUCAUUUCAUUUAUAUCUGUAAGCAACGAUAAACCAUUGCUUGACGAAAGAUGAUUCCGAGCACAGUUCGGUAAAUUUAUAAUUUAAAAUGCAGUAAUUUUUUUUUGCGUUUUUCUUUAAAAUUUGGUUUUAAAACGCUUAUUAAAAAAAAAAAAAAAGUCCUCCGAUGAAUUUUAAAAUUUCACCGCAACUAGGUAAGUCCAAUAUAAGUAUUUCCAAGUUUCAAGUCUCUACGUAUAUUUACAACAGAAUAACAGCAAAAACCUCCCAAAAAUUAAAAUUCCUUAGAAGCUCAAAAGUUUUGGCGAUGAUACGGUAAGAAAGUAAAUUAAAGAGGCAAUAAAAAAUGUGUCAUAUGAUUUUUCGAACAAAUCAAUUUUUCUGGUAGAAAACGUUCGUGUUUUUAUAAAAUAANCGUCGAAAAUCAAAAUAAAGACCAUUUUAAAGUUACAUCUAUACAACUUAAGUUUUCAGAAAAGUUGUUACAUUUAAAAAUCGGAGCAAGUUUACUAAGAGAAAACGUGUCCACAGACUAGAAGAAAAAAAAAGAAAGAAAGAAAGAAACAGCAUUGUAAAACCAAUAGCUCCUUCACUACGCUCGGUAUCUAAAACAAUCAAUUAUACAAUAUAAUAAGUAAUUUAAUACAUCACUAUACCUACAAUAAAAUACUUAUAUAAUAUUCGCUCUUAUCUUAAAAGUAAAAAUUUAAAUUUUUGGCCCACCGAGAAUAAAUAUUUUUUUUUUUUUUUUAUGGUCCUCUAUAAAAAAAAGUUUGGUUUCCACUGUUCUAUGUGAUGUUGUUUCGGUACAUUUAUUAAAAACCUCACUUAUAAUAGAACCUGAAUUCCGGAAGAAUCGGGAGCUGCAACUAUAAAGAGGCUACUAUACGUAUUAUAUAUUAUAUAUCUGUGGCUUGUCUUGGCUUUUCGGCCAAUGUCAUUUCUUUAAGCCCAUUUCUCGACAAACACAAAAUGAGGCAUUGGUCGUUCUCGCACUGAAUCGUUUACGAAAUCUUGUAUAUGUAAUAUCACGAUUAUUUAAAAACGUUUAAAUUUGCUUAAAAUCAAAAUAUCGAAAAAAAAAAUGUUUUAUAAAAAUGAUUACUAGAGCGCUGUGCUAUAAUAUUUCUCUAUUUUAUAUUUUUUUUUUUUUUAUAAAAUCCAAGUUGCCACUUAAUAAAAUAAUCGUAUAUUUUGAAACAAAAUUUUAUUUGUUAGAAAUAUUAAAUAAUCAUGAGUCGUCGAUUUUCUAAUAAAAAUUGAAGUUUACGAUAUUUAAAUUUUUUUUAAUUAUCAUUAUAAUAUAAAUCGAUACAACAAUUUUUUCACGAAAACAAUUUUUUUUAGAAUUUGUAUAAAUAUCAACAAAAUUUAGAACCUCGUGUCUAAAUAUUUAUAAUUUUAAAAUUUCGUUUCAAAACAUAUUUUUAAAAUGGCUAUUUCAGUUUUUGUUUUUUAAAAAAUAUACACAAUAGAGGAAUAUAUUAACGAAGACAUUUAAAAAUAUCGAACAGAGAAAACGCUGAAAAUUCAGUGCUUGAAUUCGAAAACAAUUAUAAGACAGGCGCAAAAGUGUUAAACAAAUUCGCGUACCUUAAGAUUUAAUUACUGUCUUUAUGUUGAUAAUAUCCAUUCGGGGACGGAGAUAAGGGUUGCACAGAAGGAGGAGUGGUAUCCCUAUGAUGGAGAUACUCCGAACUUCAAAAUUUAGAAAUUCAAUAAAGAUAAAAAUACAGCAACACUAAUAUAUUUUUAGUUUUUUUUUGUUUUUUUGUUUGGUAUCUUAUUGCGUGAUUACCCGCGUUAUAUUAUAUACUUCAAUCGUGUACUAUACUUAUCAAAGAAUAAACAAAAUUAGUAAAAAAAAUGUUUUGAGUUCGUUAAAUUUGGUACCUGGAGUCGACAAGCACACCCCUCCGUAGAUUUUUAUUUGACUCUGUAUCCAUUUGGACAAAUUAAAAAGGUACAUUAAAAUUUGUUUAGGCAAAAUGAGGUUUUCCGCUUCCUAACCGUAACCCCCAAUAUAAGCGCACUGGUUAUAAAAAUAGUAACUAAUAAUAAUUAUUUAUUAUUAGUUACUAUUUUUUUUUAAACAAUUUGUCUGGAUUCCAAACGUUUGAGACGGCGAAUUCAAUUCAGGAAAACGAUUAGGUUCAUUCAAAACGGUUAUUUUAUUAUUUUUUUUUUUUUUUCAUUGAUUUCACUCAAUUGCCCGUAUUAUAAUUUCAUAUUCCUACCUACCAGCCUUCUCACAUACCCUGUUAAAUAAUUAGUCUACCCGCAUGGUGAACAGGAGUAAUAUAUUUUAAACUUUAUUUUUGUUAUUAUUAUAUAGAAUAUACAAACGCGACUGUUUUAGAUUCUGAGGAAUGUGAUUUUGGUUUUACUAUGUUUUUUUUUUUUUGUUUAUAUAAACGAUUUUUCUACCAGAAAUCUCGUUUUAGUCGAAAUAACUUUAAAGAAAUUUCCUUGUACUAUUUUUUGUCUACGUAGUUAAUGCGUUGGUGAGAUAGUUUUUUGAUUUUUAAAUUCUGAGUGGACUCAGUGGAGCAACGAAUGUAUUGGUUUUACAAUGGUGUGUUCUUUUUUAUUUAUUUUUUUUAUCGGUGAAUAACUUUUCUACCAGAAAUUUUGCUACGGUUCACAAUGAUAGCAGUUUUUCUCAAAGAAAAUCUAACUUGAAAGUUACUUUAAAGAGGUAAUUUUUUGAUUUUCUUAGGAAUUUAGAAUUUAAAGAAAAUGUUUAAUGCAUAUGUAAUUAUUUUACCAUAGUAUAACAUAAAUAUUGUUGACAAAGCAAAACUAUCUAUCGAACUCCGCUCAGAAUCGUUAUUUCGUUAGCAAUUGUUAUUCGUUGUGUACGAUGUACAUUAAAUUUCUGUCCGCUAUUUCCUACCUUUAAUUUUAUAUUGAUGUUUUGAAAACCGCAGCCAAUAAUUAUUGUUUAUAUGAUUUUUGUUGAUUUCUGUUGGGUUACCCUGUUGACCGCAAAGGCAUUAAAUACGGCUAAUAAUAUUCUGCUCGGAAUCGUUUUUCGUUAGUAUUCAAUGGUUAGAUUCUUCGCAUACAAGUACACAUUAGAUGGUGUCGUCCAUCUCACCUUCAAAAACAGUCCGUCAGCCGGCUUUUUUUUUCUUUUCGUUUUUUUUUUUCUAAUGCAACAUAUUACCAAAUAUUUAAAACAAAUAUUAUUAAAGAAAAUGUAUAAAUAGCCUAUUGAUUUUACUAUGACAUAUAUAUAUUGUUGGCAGAGCAUUCACUAUCAACUGAACUCCACUCGGAAUCGGUUUUUCGUAAGCAAUGGUUUAUCGUUGCUUACAGGCGCACAUUAAAUUACCUACAACAGCGGCUGCACCCGUUCGCAUUAUCCUAGGACGUCUUUUUUAAAAAUAUUUCCACUCGAUUUUGUCGGGACUUUUUCGACGGCAUUAACAGCUUUUCGGCCGAUUUUAAUACGCGCAUAUACAUCGGAUACUUGAUUUUUAUGAUAAUAAAACGCGCGUAUGCCGAUGGUUCGUGUCAUUACCGUGUCAUAACGGAAAACAAAACCGUCAAUAGUUCGUGUUGUUCGUAAGCGGCGACGACGACGACGUGUUGUUAUGGAUGGCGUGAUGUUUUACGUUAUUAUUACUACAGUGCCGAGGCGCAUAAAUUACAACGUCCACGAAUACUGGCGGUGGCGGCAGCGGCGGCGGCGGCAGUCGUCGGCGUGCAGGUGGCCGCGUACCGUCGAUUUUUAUUUUUAACGCCACUGAAACCGCAUUUAAAUGUAUAAUAAUAACUGUAAUGUCAUAGUAUUGUUACUACGCGUUGUACCGCCGCCGACGUCUCCGCGCGGUGUCAAAACGAACUAAAUGUUAUUGUACGCGCGAUUCAUUUAUUAGGAUUGCGCAAAUACAAUCGAUAUUAUCGAAAUAUCGAUAUUUUGGUGUGGGGGGGGAGGGGAAAUCGAUAUUAUCGAAAUCAAAAUCUAUAUUUGCGCGUCGUGAACAUACGAACGAUUCGCAACGUCGAAAUUUAUCAAAACCGCCCACGUCUAUAUGAAACCGCUAUAAAAAAAAAAAAAAAAAAAAACGUUAANAAAACACGUUAAACACGUCAGGGGGGGGGGGGCGUCAUUUCAGUUUUUCAACUGCAGGCGUGCGAACGUUUGCCGAUUUUCCUGGACAUUUCCCGUCCGAUUCGCUCGCUAUUAUAUGUAUUAUGAUUUUAUCGUAUUCCCGCUCGACAUUUUAAUAUUCAAACACCGAAUUUGUUGACACUGCUGCAGUAACGAUAUUAUUGACAUUGAUACGCUAUACGGCCAUAGUAUAGUUUUUCACGAAAUACUUCACUCGUUAUAACCACGAUUUACUCCGCGUGACGUUCAUUUCGACUGUUAUCUCGCCGCUAACAUACCUGUUUAUUUAGCCACGUUAACAGUUGAAAAUUGACCGUGGUGAAAAUCCCCGCCGUGUCUCCCAUCCCGCAUUUCCGCCAUUGGCCAGUUACAACGAUUACCUUUCGCGCAUUUUACUAAAUUUCGUCAACAACGGCGCAAUAAUUAUUCGUAACAUUUUGCGCGGGCCGAAAACCCGUUAAAAAAUAUAGGGCUGCCAAAAUAUAUCCCUCAAACGACGCCUCUGGACAAACAUAAACGUGCUCUGAAAUAACCGCAAUGCAGAAUAUUAUACAGAUAGCGUAUCACUCGUCCCGAAAUGUUGGCCGUCGCCACUGCCGUUAAAAAUUUAGCCGUCUAUAGUAUUUUUUCAUGGAAAUCACAAAACAUGCGAAUUUUUCGUCCGAUAGUAAGUACUAAGUACUUUAUCUGAAACAUUUUUUUUUUUUUUAAUAUUCCCACUUUCUGAAAUUUUUUUUUUAAAUUUUCCAAUCGAAUGUCGAUAUCGAUAUUCGAAAAAUCGAUGCAUUGAAAUCGAUUUGCGCAACCCUACGCGCAAUAACGCUAUACGAACGGAAUAAUAAUUAACAUAAUGUAGGCAUAGUUGAUAUUACUUAUUAUUAUUGUGAUUACGCAUUGUUAUAUAUUAAUAGAACUCUAUAAUAUCGUAAUAACAAUAUAAUAAUAAUAAUUAUUAUUAUUUACCUGAUAAUAUUUUAUCGGUUCGUUGAGAAAGUUUUGGGGGGUAAAAAAAACAAGCCACGCGGUUUCGUUUGAUUUAUGCCGGCGGUCACAGUACCUUAUACUACAGGAAACGCAACGCUCUUUUUAAUAUUAAUAUGCGAUAAUACGAGUUAUUACUAUUCAUUAUACAAUCGUACAGUCAUAAUUUAUUAUAAUGUAAUCAUAAUAACAAUUCCGUUACCUAUGAUUUCAUACGGCUGUCCUUAACGUAAUAUAGAUGAGGAGACGAUUUAUUUUUGUUGUUUUAGAUUCUGGGGGCCUAUUCUCAAUGCAAUUGGAAAUAUCGGUCGAAUAACUCUUUUCGAUCCUUGAUUUUCGAUCAAAAAAGUCCAUUCGAUUGCUAGUUCUCGAUCGAGUGUAUUCUCAGACAGUGAUUGAAUAUUGUAAAUCGUAAAUUUCAUUUUCGGUUGUCGAAUCGCCUAUCACUAAAAAGAGUUUUUAUUCCGUGAAGAAACGGAAUACACGGCCGAUAACAAUAAAUUGUUUGCGAGUUACGUCUAUUCAAUACUUAUAUCAUAUACUAGUAUACAUAUUAUAUGAUCUAAAGAAAAUCAAAAGUCAAUACCUAGUGAUUUCACCAUCGAAAAAUAACAUUUUUUCCAGCACCAUACUAUAGUUUCAUAAGUUGUCGAAAAAAAUUAAGGGCUAUACCGAGACAAUAACGAAUGCGAAUUUAUCGCCCUUGUAAUAUAUACACGGUAAAAUUGAUUUAUUAAUUAACUACAAAAAAAAAAAACAACCGAAAUCAAAUUUUACGCGAAUUUUUUCGCGUAGAGGUAAUCUCCGGUUGACGACCGUAUAAACAUCGGUAUGUAAUAGUGCAAUUAGGUCGGUACGACAUUAGGUAUGCAAAUGCACUCAAUUCAGAUGCGAUCUCGUUGAAAAUUAUUCAUCGAACCCGUUGUACGGUACAUAAAUUCAACGGGUGAUAAUGUUUUGAAUAGUAUCAAUAUAUUAUUAUUACCCCAAAACUGCUGUCGUCACCGCUUGUCGGUCCAAAAACUCGUAUACAAGAAAAAUUCGUAUAGUUAAAAAAAAUCGCCUCUAAUAUCGCGGGCGGUUCGAAUUGAAAAUCAAUAAAUAUUAUUACGUACAUGUUUUGUUGACUUUACCUAUUAAAUCUCUCACCGGAGUGUAUUUACGAAAUAAUAACACUAUUACUUUUAUUGCAUUGAAGACGAUAUGAUAAUAUAAUAACUAUUCCGAUGAACCAAUACUGUUCGUUUAUACUGUUCGUUACACCGAUAAAUGAUUAUUUACAGGUUUUCCUCCCUACCCCCCCCCCAUCAAAUGCUCGUUCGAAUUCCAUACAGGGUGUCCCGCGAACAUAGUAUUGUGGCCAUUGCGAUAUCUCGUGGAGAGUAUUAACUUUUUCCGUCAUUUUUUUUUUCGUUUGUUUUUUUUUUUUUUUUUUUUACAGUUUAAGAAACAAUGACUUCACCAGGCGCGUUUACAAAAGAAUAUUUCAGGCAGGGGGGUUAAGGUUGUACACUUUCAUACUCUUAUGAUAAAUAGAAGUUUACAUACUUUCAACUGUAGAAUUAUUUAUUUUUCAUUAAAAAUGUCAAUAUUUUAUAACGUUCAUUUUUAGGCUUUUAGGUUUACCUGCUAAAUAUUACAUUUGGUUUUUUAUAGCGAAUUCAGCUUAAAUGAUAACGGCAAUUCGUAUUAUUGUGCUGAUAAUACGGACUAUGCGAUAUCGCCGUAUCAGUUAUAAUUUUCUGAAAGCAGAAAAACCACAACAAAUUAGAAAUAUGAUUAUUAUAACAAUAUGUAUACCUACUAUCUAGUUAAUAAAAUAAAAAUUAAAACCAACAUUGUAAUUAUUUUCCUCAUUGACAGAAACCGCUUUUGAGACUCUAUUCAAUAAUCUAUUUUAAUCAUGAUUUUCAAAAUUAACCCUGCCCCCUCCCCCUUGUACACGCGUCUGGACUUUACCGUUAUUAUUUGUCGCCCUUAUUUUCGGGAGUUCCUGAGGUUGCCUGAUUUUGCUUUUCAAAUACCGUCGACCUUCGUUGAAAAAUCAAUAAGCGUCAAACAGAGUAAAUUGGCGCCGACAUUUUUGAUUACCGUCCACUGGUCGACGGGAUUACUUUUCGUUGGAUUUUGUUCCGCUAAUACUCUCUCCUCGGCCGGUUCGAUCCCAAAAAUUAGUGGAACGAAAAAACAAAAUAAUGAUAAUGUAACGUUAUAGAACUACUCCCGAGAUAUCUCAACGGUCAUGACGGGACGCGUUGUACAUAGUAUGGUUGACGUAUCGGGCGCGAUACAAUAAAUUCGAGUUUUUCGGAUAAUUUUGUUUUUUCAUUAUCAGUAAACAAAUCGGUUAGGUCGAUAUAGAUAAUCGCGAAAUAAUAAUAAUAUUAUUGAUUAUAAAUACCGUUACGAGGAUGUCGGCGCGCUAUUUGCGUUACGCUGUUUGGCCCGCGCGCAACAUGGCAAAUUUCAACGUUCAACGAGAACCGCACUCGCGUGUCAUUGGCUCGGGUAUUAGAUAACGAUUUGACCCGCCGUCAGUGGUUGUUUUUUUUCUCAAAACUUUCGAAAAAUUUGUAUUUACAUAACGCAAUGUGUGAUUUCCAGAAAAUGUGUACGAGAAUUUACAUUGAUUUGAGAACAAUAUUCCGCAGGGAAUUUCAUAGGUGGUUUUUUGAACUAUGAACUAUUAAAAAAGUUACAGUCGUUAAAAAAAGAAAAAAAAAAAGAAAAAAAAAAGGGUUUUGUAUUUUUUAUAUCGAGCUGUUUAUUUUGAAUGACAAGAAUUCCUUUUACGUUCCCUCCGCAAUGUUGUUCUCUAUGAAUUUCGUAAGAGGUACUUUGACUCUAAAACCACAUAAACAAACUGUGUUUUACUUGUUCUGCGUAAGCAUCAUUGUUUUCGCAUGUUACCCGGUAGUUGGACCGAGCCAGUAUAGAAUCGGACGCGAAACGAACAAAAAACGCGCAAAUCGUAAUAUUUCUGUGUGUUUGCCCUCGCGUCCAUUACGUAAUCACAAUGAUGUGCCGUGCAUAUUUUACACGUUGACGAAAUGCAAGGCGAUUGCAAUAAUAAUAAUAAUAAUUAUUAUUAUUAUUAUUAUUGCAGGUAUACAGUGUGAUGAAUAUUGCGCCCAUAAUAUUAUUAAUACUAUUAUUAUACGCGUCGUGUGUAUGUAUUGUAUACGGUUAUAGCGUUUAACUGUUUUAAGUGGCGUGUUUACGGUCCGUUUAUUAUUUUUCCGGGGAAGGAGGGGAGGGGGCGGGGUGUUGGUGAAGGUGUUGAAUCGACGCAAUUUAGACGGUCGAAUCCCCCCCUCCUCCUCCGAAUCAUACAGAAUAUACCGAACCCGCCGAUGUAUAAUUAUAGAAGCCGUGCACUUCUGGAAGGUUUAGAAUGGCCAGAAGAGCGGAACACCUAGCGCCCUUGCCACCAGUUGCUUGCACAGCCUAUAGAUUUACACACAUAAUAUCGAUCGCGCGUAUCGAAAUAAAACCGUUUAAACGGUGACCGACGAUAUUCGUAAAAUAUCGUAAAUGACUACUGUCGGUGGUACGUACGUGUCCACGUACAUUUUAUUACGUUUUGGUUAAUACGUGUGGCGCGUGCGAGCGGCCGCCGCCGCCGCCACUGUCGGUUGGUAUGAUCGCAUUAAGUAUUCACAAUUGAUAUAAUAAUAUUAUUAUUAUUAUUUUAACCGUCAAAUAUCGUACACUAUACAGGGUGUCGCGAUUGUGUGGCGAACGUCUGUAUUGGCGCAAGCAUUACGUGCGAGUGCAGCGUAUGUAGCAGUGGCGUGACUAGAACACUUUUAUGUAAUGGCCGAUAAGGUAAAGAAGAAAAAAAUACGGACACACUUCGCACGUGCAUGAGCAACUAGGUGAAAAAUUGAGAACGUAGAGGGGAAAUUUAAUAUCGCUGUACCUACAUACGCAACGGUUUAUCAUAUCAUGUCAUCAGUUUAUGUCAUGGAUAUCUAAACUCUAAAGCUUGUGCGCAGCAUUUUGAAACACAAUACACAGUCGACUAAAUAGAUUAAAAUAAUGGUUUUCAUCCAUUUGUCGAUAUUGUUACCAAAGACCUAUUGUUAAAGUUCUCCUUGCCAAUUUACGUCCACCAAAUUUCAACCUAUAGACGUAUUUAAAACAUCUUCGCUGUAGGGUAAUCAGCAUAACGUAAUAACACACUAAUUGUAUAUUAUAUCGGAACGUAUUAAUUUUUUUCGUAGUUUAUUUUUUUUUCGAACAUUUAAGAAACAACAAGCAGCUUUAAAAUUUUAAAUUACCGUUGUUAUUAUUUGUUGCUCUUGUUUAUGAGGGGAGUGAAACGGAAACGACUGCUCCCCUACUUUUGAAUUUCCCGUUUACAAGAUAUUCCGCUUAUAAGUUCGCGGUAUCAUAUCGGUAGGGGAAGAGUAUUCAAACCCCGCGCACCGUGCCGCCACACAAAUGGCACUUCACUUUACGCUGUUCUCCCGACCUAACAUAAAAAUGGAAUAUCUGAUAGGCAUUGAAACGGAUUGACGUAAAUUGGACGAUUUCAACACCAACACCAAGCAUAAACCCUCGUCUGUUUAUAAUUUAGAGCCGCUUGUUUCUCAAUUGGUCUAAAAAACAGAUUUCGAAAAUAAUCAAGUUAUAAGUUAUAGUUAAGUUGUAACAGGUAUUAUAUUUUCUCGAUUUAUAUAUAUAUAUAUAAUAAUAACACACACGCAGCAUAGAAAUUUAGAUAGAUUUUCCUUCAUUCGAUAGAAAUGUAUUUGGAAAUUUUGGAAAUUAAAAACCGAAAAAAAAAACCAACAUGUACCCUGACCGUGAUCGCGUGUAAACGCUGGACGAUUAAUUCAUAUCGUUUCGUCGAUCGAACCGAUCGAAGGAUAUUCGGUCGGAAACUAUUGCGUUAAACCGAGUAAUAUACUACAAACAAUAAUAGGCACCUAUUAUGAUAAUGUAUGCGUUUGACAAAGAUUUGAAAACAUCGGUUUCCGAUUCCCUUAAUCGGGGCCGUCAUUUUCAGUUUCUCAACGGGGAUGCGAAUCGGUUUGAACCGGGCCGAUUUUCCUGAACAUUUUCCGUUCGCUUUUAUUCGUAUUCCUGUUUUGCGUUUUAAUAUUGAAAUACUGGGUUUGAUGAAAUUUACAGCACAAUUUCACUAAACCACGGCUGUAUAGUUAAUUUUUUCACGAAAUACAUAACUCGCUAUGCCGCGAUUUACUCUACUUGACGUCACUGACGACUCUAUUAUCUCUCGCUGUAGCACGCCUGUUUUGUUUGGCUACGAUAACAGUAUUAACUAACAGUUGACGAUAUAUUUUAUCAACCGCGGUCAAAAUCCUCCGUGUCUCACUCUCGCAUCUUAGAACCCCCCUCCCCCCUCCCCCUGUAUUGCGAAUAUGCGGCCAUUGGCGGUUACAGCGAUUAAUUUUUGCGUUUUACAGUCGACAACGGCGCGAUUAUAACAUUUUACGCGGGCCGAAAUAAAAAAAAAAAAAACCAAAAACGUGUACGCCAAAAACCCGUCAAAUGACGCCCCUGCCCUUAAUAUUGUUUGUACAGUAGGCGUGUAUAUAUAUAUAUAAUAUUCGGUUUACGAAACUUCGCGAGACGUUUAUUCUAUAUAAUACACAAUUUACCGGCAGCUGGUCAAAUAUCCAGACCGAAAAUAUGUUUCCUAUAAUAUUGUAGACAAACGAAUGCAUAUUAUUACGAAACGUAAUUUUCGUCCUACGCGAUCGCGCACGGCCUGCAAUAACACUACGGCGGUAUUACACGAUUUUAACGCGGAUAAUAAUUAUAACAUGCGUUUUAUUAGUAAAAGAUUAUAAAAAAAAAAAAAAAAAAACGUUUUCUGGUUUUUUGGUCUUUAUCGGCAACACAUCGUACCUCUCUGAAGUGCACAGGAUGUAACACGAAGAUACGACACGUUUCGUUCUGCAUACGCUAUUUGCGAGUGUUUCUUUUUGUCUCGUGUCAAUGUUUAAAUAAGCUACGAUUCCCUCUAUUUUAUAUUUAUUCAUAAUUUAGUUUUCAUAAUAUUAUCAGAAAAUUUAGUUUACUAUUCAAACAAAAUAAAUAAAAACAUUCAAUUUACACUCGAAAUACAAACGAAUAAUAAAGUAAAUUUCUUGGGUCUUACAGUUUCCAUAAUAAACAAUAAAUUUGGUUUUAGUAUUUACAGGAAUCCUGCACAAACUGAUUCUAUAACACCACACGAUUCUAAUCACCUUUAUUCUCAAAAACUAUCAUUUUUUAAUUCAAUUAAACGUAGUCCAUUAAACAAACAUAAUUAUCAACACGAGCUCAAUAUUAUCUAUAAUAUAGCCCAUAGAAAUAAUUUCAAAUUAAAUAAUAUUAAAAAAAAUGUAUAAAUUUAUUUAAGAUAAAAUAAUACACAACUCGACAAAUAAUGUUGUUAACUAUUGUAGUAUAAAAUAUCAAAAUAACGUGUCUAACGAAUUCGCUAAAAUUCUGAACGACAAUAAAAAUAACGUAAAAAUCGCUUUUAAGACUAAUAAUAAUAUCAUUAAACGUGUAAACAAUAAAACUGAAACCUUCACAAAAAUCUCUCUUCUUUUGAAAAUGCCGGUAUAUAUAAAUUUAAAUGUAACUGUAAUAGAUUUUAUAUAGGUAAGACUAAUCGAAAUUUUAAAAUUAGAUACAAAGAACACAUUUCCGAAAUAAAAAAAACACCGUCCCCAAUUCAAAUUUCGCUAAACACGUUUCGAAAAAUAAUUAUAAUAUAAGUUAUACGCAUACAUUUUUUUGUUUAUACGUUUAUUUACUUUGCCUGUUAUUUGUUUAGAAGUCGAUUGUUUCUAUGUAGAUACUACACUUUAUUAGUAAGUAGUGAGAUGAGUGAGAUUCUUGUCACAUAUUUCAAUAAUUUUUAUCAUAAUAUUGUAAUAUAUUAUUUGUAUGAACAUUAAACACAUAAAUAAAUUGAAUAAUUAGAGAUAUUAUUGUGCAACGCAAUUGAUUAAUGUUAAACAUUUUUUAUGAAAGGAUUUGGGGAAUGUGCGGAUGUCAGUGUAUGCCAAGUCUCUCGCUAAAUAUGAUUAAAUAAAUUUGAAUGUUAAACUUUUUAAUUUUUGUCAGGCCGUUUACGAGAUAUUCCACUUUUGAGUUUGGGUCGGGGGAGAGUAGUGGAGCAACAUUUGUGUGGUGUGGCACAGCGCGUGGCGUUUUAUGAAUGUACCACUACUCUCCCCCGACCCAAACUUUAAAGUGGAAUAUCUCGUCGAAGGAUUGAUAGAAAUUUAAAUUUUAAAACUUUCACCCCCCUGAAAAUUAGGGUGGCGAAAAAUGACGUAAAUGUAAUGUUGCAGAUCUGCUUGUUUCUAAAAUUUUCGAUAAAACAAAUGUAUUGGGAAAUUAAUACUUUCCGAAAUAAUGAGGGUCUUAUGAUAUAUUGAUCACCCUGUAAAAAAUUGCGUAUUAUAUUAGAUGUAGGUAUACGUUUUUACACGCGACCGUAUUUUCGUUUUUAGAAAAACGGGGAAAUGUCUCGGGGGAUUUCGCAAAUAAAAGUACAUUAAAAAGGUUAAAAAAUUACGUAAAAAAGACGGACAAAUUUCGCGCGUGGGUGGGUCACUGUUGUAUUAGGUGAGAAUUCGGGAAAGUAGGAUGUAGAAGGGAAUUUAAUGCAUAUCUGUGAGGAAUGAUUAAUCACAGCUAACGAUAAACGAUUCUGAGCGGAGUUCGGUUAAAUAAUAUUGCUUCUUCAACAAUAUAUAUAUACACAUGUAAAAUUAUAGUAAAACGAAUAUAUAUUGAAACAAUUUGUUUUGACCAGUAACUAUAUAGAUCUGUUCCACAUAAUUGUUUACACAAACGAUUUUCGUCAACAUUUGAUAUUAAAAUUCCUUUAUAGAAAAAAAAAAAACUGCCACAUUGAACUCAAUUUUUUUUUUUUAUUUGACCACUAAGCAUGACUAUUAAUGAACCUCCUGUCCGAAUUUCAAGUCUCUACGAAUGUUUUCAACUGCAUUACAACAAACAAUACGUUUCAAAUACGGGUUUUCUCGGAUAUGAGGAAAACCGAGCAGAAAAUCAAAAAAAUUACCCCCCCCCCGAUGUUACCAUUUAGAUUCUAGACAAUAUUUCCUUUUCGAAAAAGUGCCACACUUGCAUCACAUCGGAGCAAUAUUUCUGUUGGACAAUUUUGUCACAGUACAGAAAGAAAAAAAUUAAUAAACACCUUUGUAAAACCAAUACAUUUUUCGCAUCAUUCGGAGUCUGAAAAGUUAAAAUGCAACAAUACCAUGAAAAAAAAAAAAAAAAAAAAAUAAUGAAUUAAUUUAUUACACAUUUUUUUACGGACAAACGGAAUCGGUAAAUAAACUCUAACAAGGAGUGAGGGAGGGUCAAACAUGUCCUAAGAAUCGGGGUUUGUUGUUAGCCUAAUGGCGACUUUUAGGCGAGACCUCCGGCCCUGGCCGUCGGUAUUAUCGGCCUAGGGCCGCGGUACUCGCCGCUAAUUAUCGUAAACCUUGCGUCCUUAUCACUGCGUUAACCCGGUGCGUUUGUUGUUGUUUUUUUUUUCCGGACAGGCGCCGGGACAAGACCAGCGGAAUCCGCCGCGGUCGUGAACAACGACAACCAUAAGCAACAGUUGCUGGACAGCAAGGUGCCGUCGACCAUCUCGUACGGGGGCUGCGACGACGGCCGCGUGAUCAACUGCCGCACGCUGCCGCUGUUCAACUACACGGACCUGACGCCGCCGCCCGUCGGGGCCGACGCCGCCGCCGACAUACUGCAGGACGACAAUUGCCCGUCAGUACCGCGACGCCCGCGUUGGCCGGUGUGCGGCGUUAACGACCACGGCGACGGCGACGGCCGCGGUGAAGACGGCGGCCGCGGCGGCCCCGAUCCGCCGCCGGCCGCCGCCGUGCUGCCGGACGCCGACCGCCGCCGUUUGUAUUACGCGCUGUUGCUGCCGCUGUCGCUCUCGUUGUUAAUGCUGUACACCGGCCAUUUGUAUUUGUAUUUCUUGCUGCUGUUGACGCUUUUGCUGUCGUUUAUCGCGGUGUUGGUCGUCAUCGCCGUGCUCUACUGUUUGCUGGUGAUGUUGCUGUUGUCGUUUGUCGCAGUCGUAUUCAUUCUCGUCGUUUUCACCGCGUUGUACUACCGACGCAAGGACGGCGCCCUGCAUUAGGUCGUCAGUUCGCGCGGGCGCCGAUCGGAGGGACGAAACACCGGGGGGGGGACGUCCUCCCCCCCCCUCCCCCGAAAAACUAUAACCGUAAUACAGAGUGUGCCACUCGAAGGUUCCAUUAAAACCCCGCGAUACGUCCCGAGUCAAUGAAGACAAUCAAAUUCCGGUUCGUUUUUUUUUUUUUUAAUGUACAACUCGUUACGACAUAUUGUAUUCGUAUGCCAAUUAAAUUUAUGUUUUCGGGGACAUUUUUUUACAAAACAUAACUGUUAAUUUAUUUUUUCGAAGAAUUUUAAAGUUUUGACAUUUUAUCCCGUUAACCUAAUGAUUUUUUUUUCCGUUUACAGUUAGUAUAGUGCUUUUUUAAAAAUGUAUUUUCAAACAAAACUUAUCAGAAAACGAGAUUUCGAAACACUACUUGAGCUGUACACUAUUUUUCUAUGAACUAAAAAAUACAUUACAAAUCACGAGGUUAAUGAAAAUAAAUAAUUGAAUUACGAACGUAAUCAGAAAACUAAUAAUCUCUGUAAAAUCGAUAUUUUUUAAUGUGUCGACUGUAAAAGAAUACAAUAUUUUUAACCAAAAUACGUAAAAAUAUAACUAACACUAUGAGUAUUUUUAAACGUUGUACCUGUGAGGCGUACUAAAAAAAAAAAAAAUAAAUCAGAAAUUGAUAAUCUUCGUUAUCUCAAGAGAUAUCGCCGUGGACACCCAAUCUGUGUGGGCCACCCUGUACGGUGAAGUAUACAAUUUUCAUUCGUGACUUUGUUUUUCUGCUCGUAUGGAUCAUGAUGAGUCAUUCGAGAUUGUCGGUUUAUGUAAUUUUCAGGAGGGGAGAAAUCUUUUUUUAAUGAUGAAAAUUAAAAUGCUGUGUCAGCCGAAACAACACUGUCAAACCUUUAUCUCGUACAAAACCACAUACUUUUGACCGUUUCAUUAGAUUGUAUUGCUUUCGUUUCUUUUCUCCGUUCAAAUCGUAUUUUGUUGCUAAAACUACAAUAAGAGCCGUAGGGUUGAGGCGAGACGUUCGUCUCAGGCGCUAAGGUGCCGUCACAAUGGGGACGCUAAACUUUGAUAAUUAUUUUUUUUUUUUUUACUAAAUCCGUCGAUAAGUGCCUAUUAUUUAUUACUAGGGUACGGAUUUAAGUGCACUUUAAAUCCACAAAAAAAGCGUUUAAGAACGUCAAAAAAGCUCUGAAAAAUCACUUGAAAAAAAAAUUUAAAAGAACAAUAAAGGUCUGAGUUUAACAGUUUCCCCUUCUAUGGUCUCUAACUUAUUAGAAAUAAUUUUUUAACUUUUAAAAAAUGUAUAUUUCAAAGUAUUUUGUUUUUUAAAUAAAUUUAUACGUGUUAUAAAAAAUAAAAUGUUUUGUGUUAAUCAUUUGUCUGUGUUGGAAAAAUGUAUUUAAUGGGGUGAGAACCGUCAGAGUGGGAACUUUAAAACUCGUCUACCACUUAUUAAACCUAAAAUUUACCUGCUUAUUAAAAAAUUUUCGAGUGCAUUUUUGACGAUUUAAUCGCUUUUUUUUACGGAUUAUAAGUGCAUUUGAAUCCGCGACCCUAUUAAUUGCCCAAAGGUAUAUAACUACAUUAUUGUCUUAUUCGAAACGUGUGAAUCGCGCUUUUUUUUUCCCUGUUUUUUUAAUUAUUACCGAUGCGUGGGAGAGACACGUGGGAAUCAGGAUAACAUUACACCGGUGCGCCGCAUCUCCGACAACCCCGGCCGGCCAUAACGCUGUAACGACAACAGCGAUAUCGACACCGCCAUCUAGCGUAUUGUCCGGUAGUUUUCGUCGUUGCAACUAUAGCCCGAAAACUAGAAAUAAUAAACAACGCAAAUAUAACCGGACGUUUCGUUUAAAACCCAGAGGCGCCCCCCACUUGACGCUUGGCGACAACCACCCUGUGCGCAGAUCGGCGCUGACUCCGGCUGCAGACAAAGCGGAGGCGUUGUUUGUUUUUUUUUUUUCUUCGUUUUUUCUGUUUUUUUUUGGGGGGGGGGGGGUUUCGGCCUUUCGGACCAUCCCGUACAACAAAUAUUCCUCCGUCUCUCUCUGUCUCCAGCUAAUUUCCCUCCAGUUUGCUCUCGGAUCUACUGUUUUAACGUCCCUCUCUUCACACAAUCUUCCCGCCUAAGGUGCGGCCCGCCCGCCGGCCUUUUUCCUAUCGGCUCAUCUUCAAUCGCCACUGCUUUUAUCGUUGUUUUCUCCGUUUCCCCCCCAGGCGUGUCCGGCCCACAUUAACCUUCCUUUCGCGGCCUCCCUUGAUACGCACGGUUUUCGGCACAUGUUUUGAAGCACCUCGUCGGUUCGCAUUCGCCGUUCUCCGGCUCGUGGGCCGACACACGGUCCGCAGGUUCGUCUCGGAACUUUUCUUUCAAAAACGUCUAUUCUCGCUUCCACUGUCCUUCUCAGCGCCCGCGUUUCCGGGCCGUACGGGAUGACGCGGCGUAUUAACGUCGCGCACAUUUUGGUUUUUAAAAUUUUCCAGCGGUCAUAGAGAAUACUAUUCAAAUAAAGCGAUGGCCGAUAAUUUGUUGCCGCGCGCGUUCGCUCGGUUUAUAAUCUGCCGGCGGACGCCCGUCGUUCGGGCGCGCGUGCCGGUAAUCACUGGUACUAUUACUAUCGCCGUCGCCGCCGUCGGCGUCGUCGUCGUCGUUGUUGUUGUUGUUGUUAUGAUACGAGCGUUGUUAGCACUGAAUUGUGGAAUCGCAGUAGUCGUUGUCGCCGCGGUGACCGUGGAAAAUUAUCACCCGGACAACCCCGCGUGAUAAAACCGGGUGUGGGUCGACUGCGUCCCGGUACGGACGUUUUAAACCGGCCGUUCAGGCCGGUGCCGUAGUUGUAAGAUGUUUUGUUCGGCGGCGGGGGGGGGAGAAUAAUUUGCCGGCCAAACGUGGCGCGUGACGGCCUCCCGUCCGGCACAGGCCAACGUUUCAGACGCCGAAUGCAGCGAACGAGCUGCUAUAGUUUUACCAAGACGCGUGCGUGUUUUUUUUUCGUUCAACGAAACGAUUUUUCCCAGACUAACCCGAUUUUUCCGCGCCGUGCCCGCCCCGAACGAUGCGAAUUCCUCGCCUGCCGGUACGCAUUGAGUCGGAUAAUUUUUUCGAAAUUUCCAAUGCUUUUCCCCGAAAAUUACGUCUUUUUUUUUUUUUCGAUUUUCCGAGCGGCCUUCACGAUGUUCGGGAAAAACGGGAAAAUUUACGUUCACGUAUAAAAGAAACUUCACUACGAAUCGUUUUUCGUUAGCGGCGGUCUAUCGUUGCGCACAGAUAUAAAUUAAAUUCCUCUGUACAUUCUAUCUUCCCAACUUCUCACCGACAACAGUGGCCCACCACCCAUCGUGCGAAGUAUGUCGGCCAUUUUUAUAUUAUAAACCCCUUUCUGGUAAGUGAAAUAUUUCGGUUUUUCACGCAGUGCCUACCAUCACCAUACCUACCAAAACAUCUGAUACAGAUGUGGAAUUUUUACCGAUGGUACUAUAUUUUGUGACGCUUUUUUAAAUCUUCAAUAGUUUACUUUCUAGGUCCUGUAUUUGAUUUUUUCUCCGUGAACAUCUUUUUCGGUCAUCGAAAUUAACUCGACGUUUUCAUGCUGUACUCCUGCCAAAAACGACGCGGUCUUUUCGUGGUAGUUUGUUUGAAAAAAAUAUAGUUUACCAUUACAAAUAGAUGUACUAAGGUGUAUUAUAAUUAAAAAUUUGAUAAAAAAGUUUAAAAGUUAAAAAAAUUUAAAAAAUUAUAAUUGUUGUUUUUACCCGAACGUGUACAGGUACAAGAACUUGGAACGGCAUUUGCGGUGUGUGGACGUGUUCACUAGACGGUGCAUGACGGUCGACCAACGAAAAGCGUUCUAUUUGCUGUACAAAGUGCCCACGUUGGACAUGCAGGAAUUGUGCACUGAAGGGGGACCGUACAGAGAAGGUCAGUUUCGAAUUUAAUAUACCCGGUAUGCAUCGUAUAGUUGUUAUUAUUCCGAAGGGAUUGCCGUGUGCCGAACAAACGGGAAAAAUUUUGAGGACGCGGGAUAGGUAUCAGCAUUUCACUAAAACUCCGAGGAGCAGUAUAGCAAAAUUAACUACUAGGUCACUUAGAAUUGAAAUCGUGACGUGAAUCAGAGUUUAAACUCGAGUAACGAAAUGUAAAGGAGAGACAGGGCACCGCGUUGUCUUUUUACUCUUGAAAUAUUGUCAGACGUAAGAGUUACAGCAAUGUUAGCUUGCGCUUUUUAAAACAGCCGCGGGUUUUUCGGUUUGGCAAUAUUUCAUAAAGUACGAAGUAAUAUUUUCACCUGCAUAGUAUUGUGCUGUUUAAACUCUAAUUUCAACGCAAACGCCACAAUUUCAAAUUGUGAUAUUUUCGACCCGAGUCAGUAAAUGCGGAUACCGAGUCGUUUUGAGUAUAUUUAAUAUUGGUACUUGAGAAAUAAUCGAAAACUAAAACACAAUUAAAAAGCCGGUAAAAAUAUUACGUUCUUUCUGUUUUAUUUAUUUUUUAUACAAACCGGUAAUAGUGUAUGUUCGGUUUUACACGUGCGCUUUGUUCAGGGCCGGCGAGAACUUUUGCGGGCUCAGGUGGCUGAUCGAUCCCAGGCCCCCUUUACUCACACGUGUUUGGCCGCCAAGAUAUAUACGUACCACUCGUACGAAAAUUGUACAUAAUUUAAUACCCGCAGUACAAAUAUUCGAGUUUUAUAACACGUGAACAUCAAAACCAUUCGGUUUAGUUAAAAUCUUUUAUAUUUUCGAUGACGAGAUUAAAUAGAGCCAUUAACGUUAAAUUAAAAAAUUGUUGUACCAUAUCCCAUGGCUCUUUGGAGAUUGUCGUGAUAUUGUUUCAUCCUGGUAUAUCGGAAAUGUUCUGAAAUUUGCGUUUGACGCUGUGGCGAAUGAUUGUAAAAUGACAUUGUACGGAAUUCGUCACGGGCCCCUGUCGGAGGUACGGGCCCCGGGGCUCUAGCCCUCCCUGCGCCACCCGCUCGCCGGCCCCGGCUUUGUUUGUAAACGAAAUUUCGACAAGACGAUUUUCUCCAACCGAAUCGAUCGAAACAUAAUGGAAAGUUUCCCCCUCGGCUUUGCGUUGGCAAAUUUUCUCAAGUCGACGCAUUGGGAAAAGGUCGUUUUGAUCUCAACGAAUUCCCCAAACUGCGUCACCCAUAACACAUAACGUACGGCGUCCAUAAUAUUUUCGUUCGCACGCAACAGAGUACCUGAAGCACGCGACCUGUCUGCGGACCGUUCACAACGAGUACAUCCAGUGCGGCCGGCGACAUCAGAACGAACUGGCGGCCCUGAUGGCCGAACACGACCACCAACACCACGGGGGGUCGUCACCGGCGAACGACGGCACCCCUUUCGCCGGGCCCGAACAAAUAACCCAGAACCUGGGACACCUGUGCGGGUAAGUGUCGAUAAUAGGCAAAUAUUGUUCGUUUUUUUUUUUUUUUUUUGUUCACAAACCCGUGCGGUCGCCGUCACGUCUUCCGGAAACCCGUUCCCGGGGAACGCCUGAAAUAGUCGCGGGAUUUUUUUUUUUUUAUGAAAUUCCGGGAUACCGGUUUAAAAAUUCAAUUCUCAUUUUUUCGUGAACGCGAAUCGCUCGUAAACCGAAAAACGGUACGCUGUGUUCAUCGGUGAUUUGACGGUUUACGGAAAUGUCGACGCGACCGCGAUGCAAUCAUACGCAGCAAUAAUACCGCAAAACACGUACGUUAAUAUCGCCGCCGCCGCCGCCGCUAUGUUGCAGGUCUUUCAGAGGACACUUGAAUUGCGUUCACGGCAUCGUCAGGGCCAAUUGCGGCGAGCAGACCGACGCGUUCGCCAGCCAGUUCCUCAGCCAGAUAGCCGCGUCACUUCUGGUCAGUGUUUACACCCGCGGUGUAUUUAUUAAGUUUAUUAGAUCGCGCGCGCGGAGAAAUGGAGACGAAACGACGGCGAGAUACUGCGCGUCGGUUCGUAGACCUCCGCAUGUCGGAGGGGGGCGGGGGAGGGAAAGAGGCGGGACUGCGGGGAAAAGAAAAUAUCCAAAGAGUACCGUAAUGACCGCGGCGAGGGGGGGGGGAAAUUCUUUAUAAAAAAAGAUUUUUAGUUUUUGACGACCCGGGCGGGGUCCAAACUAAUUGUUACAUUCAUAAUCGGAAAACGCCACUGAUAUUUAGUUCGUUCCCGAAAUCUAUUCGCAAUACGCGAUUAUUCGGAUCGAUUGUACGCGCGAUUGGAUUUAGUUGGACAUUUUAACCGUACGGAAAAUCAAAGGGCAAAAAAAAAACCAAGAUUCGCGUUCCGCGUAAAUUAGAACUCUCUCGCCGCCCUAUAACGGGAAAGCGGCCGUUCCCGACGCGGGAAUACGAGGGCGGCAUUACGCAAAGUACCUGGAAUCUAAAUGAAGGAUCUAGAUUUUAUCCAGACACAAAGUCGCUAUUCGUUCACCGUUGUCUAUAGACGAUAUUAUUACAUUUUCGUCCGUUUUUUUUUUUUUUUGUAUUAGACUUGUCUAAUUAUCUAAUAUGAAUUAUCUCUUGUCGUUAUCUAGACGUUUAAACCUUUUGUCGGAUAUGCGCGGUUUUUUUCAGGGACGGGGAGGGGAGGGGGGCGUGGCGGGAGAUGUACGAUCCGUGUUAGGUAACGCAGCGGCAAAAGCUAAUCGCGUUCAGACGUGUUCUUUUCUCGGAAAACGUUUUUAUCGGCUGGUAAAAAAACGCGCUUUCCGAUUUCGUUCACGGCACACGUGGUGUAUGGUUCUAUUGUUCGCAGAACGUUUGUGACAAAUACGUGAGUCCGGCCGACGGCGACGUGUCCCGGUCGCCUUCGUCCACCAGCGCCGCACCGACGUCCGGGGCCGACACCGGGCUGGAAGUGUUCACCGUUACGGCGGCCAUGGUGAUCUUGGCCACGGCCUCGCGUCGGUGGUGA